AGUUAGAAAUGGUUGUGAGUCUCCAUGUGAGUGCUAGAACCUGGACCCAAGUCACCUGCAAGGGCUUUCAACCACUGAGCCAUCUCUCUAUCUCUAACACCCAUUGCUAGAUUUUUAAAGAAAUAAAUUAUAGAUUUUAGAUGCUUUGUGUACUAGUCAAGUUUCUAGCACUAAAUGCAGUAAGGGUUUUAUUUAAAAUACUAAUUAGUUAUUUCAGGAUUUGACUCCAUCUUUGAUUUUCUUUUUUGAGAAUGCAGUUGGCAGACCACAUUAAUCCCUCUGCUUUUCUCCAUCUCCAUCAUAAAGAAGAGGGGGGUGGAGAGUAGAGUGUUUGUCUAGCAUGUGUGAGGACCUGUUCAAGCCCUAAUAACAGCACCACCACCCCCAAAAAGAGAGAAGCUUUGCUCCUUUUAGCUUUAAACUUAGAACUUUAAAAACUGAGGUACCACCCAGCAGGCCCCGAGCAGCACCUGCGUGCUCAGUGACCUUUCCCAGUCUAGUGGAUUCUGUUGUGGCCCAUGGCAUGGCCUUGGUCUUGCUGAGAUGCUUCAAAGCCUUAUUAAGAAUGUCUGGGUCCCCAUGAAACCCUACUACACCCAGGUUUACCAGGAAAUUUGGGUAGGAAUGGGGUUAAUGACCUUCAUCGUUUAUAAAAUCAAGAGUGCUGAUAAAAGAAGGAGAGCUUUGCAAGGCUCCAGUCCUGCACCUGCCCAGGGCCAUCAUUAACCGCUCCCGGAAUCCACUCACCAUG